GGAAAUUAAGCAUCUUAAUGUCCCAGAAAGAAGUAAGAGCGAUUCUAGGAGAUAUCACCAAUCUUGAGUCAAAUUAUAGAGAAAAGAUGAUAACUGGAGGAGAUACAACAAUAGGAUGAUUAGAUCAAAUAAAGUUGCCUUCAGAAGAAGAACUUCUAAAAUCUCAAUCAGUGUUAAGUAGAUCAAGCGAUAACUGCAACACAGAAAAAAGAGCCCCUAUUCUUACAAAUGAUAUUGUGCUAAAGAUAUGAUACCAGAAUCAGAACAAGAUAUUGCCAGAAUACCCUGCCAAUAUGAAGACUCUACACAGCUCCAUAAAGUCUUUGUUCUCACUUGAUAUUCUCUAUAACCUGUUUUUUAUUGAUUCAGCUGGUGAUAGAAUUGAUAUUUCAAAUAACAAAGACUUGAAGGCUAUUUGUAAAACAAUGGGAGGCCAAACCUCUCCACUUUUAAAAGUGUAUAUCUGGCCUAAAGAUGCUCCCCUUCCAUCUUCUAAGACUGGCAUAGCAGAAGUUGACUCUCUUUGGGAGAGAAUUGAAAAAGGAAGGAAGCUUAUCCGUUUCAACGAUAAAGCUAGAGACUUAGCAAAGAAUACAGGGACACAAACUCAAAUCAUUAGGAAAGACUGCACAUACAUUCUUGAAUUCUCUUUCGAAGAUAGAUUCUUUUAUAAAUGAUGGAAAUUCAAACAAGGAUGCAAGGGAAUUUGGAAAAUUAACAAGAAGGGAGGGGAAGGAAAAUUGUCCAGGGAUCAUACAAUGGAAGAUUGAGGCAUCAAGCCACAAAUUAAAACUGAAUCAGAAGAAAGAACUAAAACUUUAGAUCAAGAAAGAGAAUGCAAUGAUACUCAGUCAGAUAAAAAAUGCUGCAAAGGAGAGCUUAAUCUUAGAUCCAGACAUUUCGGAGCGUACAGACCUUUCAUUAGAAUAAUAUAUUCUUGAAUCAAAGAGGGAUGGAGCCAAGAUUCCAAGAAGCAAGUUAUAAAAUCAGAGAACAAUAUUAUCCUUCCUCCGAUAAUUCCUUAUGAAACAUCUUUACAAAAGACUUCAGGAGUAGAGGUUUCAAAAAUAUAUACCAAGAGGACAACACCCUUUGGACGAGCCCAAGUUGUAUCCAUAUGAAAUGAGCAAACGAAUGAUCUGCUCUUUCUAGUAUCUGAUUUUGAAUUGAAAAUAUUGAAAAGCAAUCAUAAAUCCCCUCAAAGAUACUUACUUUGCUGAGAAGAGAUCUCUGAUCCAAACUACAGAUAUGUUUUUAACAUUUCCAUGUAUGAUAACACAUGAAAAAUGUUCAUGCCAAUAGGCCAUUGUUUGAUGAGGUACUUAAAGACCCAGCAUUUUGAGUUAAUCAUUGCAUGGUUUCAGAAAGAAUUCGGAACUUUCUUCAAGCCUAGCUUGUUUAUCACUGAUUACAAUUUUGAAUUAUUCCAUGCCUGCCACGUCCUGUAUGACAAAGUUCCGAAGUAUAUUUCCCUUGUAGACUUCAUUUUCAAAGUUUGGAAAAAUGCAUAUGCUGUAGGAAUGCUCACAGAAAAAGAAGUGCCAGAUGAUCACCUCAAGUUGCUUUCAGAUAUGCCCUUCCUUCUUUUAACUCAUAACGAGAAGACCAAGGACCAAUUUGAGAAACUAGUUGAUAAUUUUCUUCCGCUUGGGCAAUAUGAACGAUUUGUGAAGCAGUAUAUGCAGAUAUUCCUCAAUGUGUCAAGCUGGUAUAAUAUCUAUACGUUAGCUUCCACAUACAAGAACAUCUUCUUAAACGCUUCAAAAUCUCAAGAACUUCAGAAGAAAAUUUUUCUGUCAAAUAGAGGGCUUUCAGGACUUGAAAUGACUAGAAAUUUUGAGUCUUAUCUUUGUAAUCUUCAUGAGUCAAUUUCAACAGGAGGACAGAUGAUCCAGCCGGGAUCAAUGUACAGGUUAACCAAGCUAUACUUUAACAAAUACAGAGGUAAAAAGAUCAAAAAGAAUGACAUUCUUGCCCUGACGUUAAAUGCAAUGAAAGAUUUUGAUAUUGAGCCUAACAUUAGUUCCGAGCUGAGCAUGAAAAUAUCAAAAGUCAAAAACGAAAUUUUGGACACCCCUAAUAUAAAGAUCGAAAAUCCAGAGAGUCUCCUGCUUUAA